GGUUUUUUUUUCUCUAAUUUUUGUAUCAGCACGAAGAAAAAAACUCCGUUUUCUAACUUUACCGGUAAAUUCAGGACGUGCCUGCUUUCCUAAAACGCGUGUGCCAGUCCAUUACAUCGAGGCGGGGCACAAGCACAAUCUUCACCCUCCACCCCCCGAUCAGACAGCACACUCGGAGCCCCCUGCUGCCGGAGCAGUCGCUUUCCUCCUUCUAGGUAGAGGGCGUUAAGGCGAACUUGCACCAUGGAGACGCCCGAGCACCCGUGAAACAGUGAAAACUACCGAACUUUUGGGAUGUUUUUAUGCUCCACGCUGAGGGACCAUGUUAUCCUCAUCGGGCUUUUGACUGUUACUUCCCGUUUGUUUUUCUGUUUCAAGUGAUCGGUCGGGAGGUGCGCAAAGGCGUCGAUUAGCGAAAUAUGGCACUGUCUCAUGGGGACAAGUGUCUGUUCGUCUGCGGAAUACUGGCGAUGAUGGUGCUGCUGGUGCAGCGAGUGGAGACGGGAUGUGCCCAUCGGGAAUCACCCAAGUGUUGUCCAGGGCGCAAUAACGAUUGCUUUGAACUAAACAGAAGAAUGACCAUCUGCUACUGUGACACUUACUGUCAGAAAACAGGGGACUGCUGCGAGGACUACCCGACGGUGUGCCAUAUCUCUGCAGCAAUUGACUGUGUAGUCAGCUCAUGGGGUUCCUGGUCAGAGUGCAGUCAACUGUGUGGAGCUGGCAGCAAAGAACGGACCCGUCAAGUGAUCACACCUCCCCGCAAUGGUGGUAUGCCUUGCCCAGAUCUGAAGCAGAGGCGUGGCUGUUUUGGGCAGAGCCCAGUCUGCAGCACAGCUAAGGAAGUGGCCAAGAUAUUACCUCAUUCCUUCAAAAGAAAUUUUAAGGACCCUUGGAGAAGACCACAUAUGUUGAUGAAAGAAGAAAAGCCCAGCUACUGUGCAUACUUCCAGCUGAAGCAGGCGAGUGCAGCCUGUCGCAUGAACCUGUGGAGCAGUCACAUGACCAGAGAGCAGCCUGUGUGUGUAGAAUGCCAAGGAGAUGCAAUGGGCAGGACCAACCGCUGUGAAGGAGAUGGGUUAGAAACAACACGAACAUUUUGGACUGCGGCAUCUUUACCAGGCUGCCAGGGUUCCUGGGUUCGAGAAAGACUGCAGGAGGACUGCAGAUGCCCAGAGCACUCGUUUAUUUUUGUGUAAGUCUGUCUGGUCCCACUGGACAGGUUCGUAAUGGAAAGGUGAAACCGGCCAAUCACUAUGGACUAUGAUCACAUGACUUAAAUGAAGAACUUUUUCCUGACACAUGCAUUUUGUAAAACUCAUAUUAAUUUCUUCCUUAACACAAAAAUGUGUAUUCCACCACAUAAAUAUGUAUUUGUAUUCAAAGCACAAACGUUUCUAUAAGCCUGUAUACCUCUGAAUACUUUGCUAUCUACCUCCAUAAAUGCAGCUGCAUUUUACUGAUAUUUGCUUCAUAACA